AUGAAAGUCGCAUCUUCACCGCGUUCGACUAUUCGCUUCCAAACUCUCAUUGUACACUGUGACACCGAGUGUGAACCAAUACCCCUGCCAACUGCCGGACCGUCGACCACUCUCUGCAGUGACCAGGAGGCUCCUGCCGCCGGCAUGAAUCAGCAGGCGGUAAGUUGA